AUGUCCUUGGGCUUGAAGAGCAGCAGCGGCGGCGUCUCACUCGAAUUUAAAAAUGGGGUGCUCUGGAGGAAACCUAGUGAGAGAGAAGCGCCGGUAUCUAUGAGUCAAGAUCGAGUAACAAGGAUAUGGGAUUGUUAUGUCCCAACUUCAAACAAGUUUCUUGGUAUUGCAUUCUUGGCAACUGAUAGCCAGGGAGAUGCGAUACAUGUGCAAAUUAGGGAUUUUGAUUGCCCAAAGUUUCAAGAAAAACUUAUUGAAGGUUCAGUCUACAAGAUUGCUAAAUUCCAAGUAGUUCGACCGAAUAUCCGAUAUUUAUCAACCACAAGAGAAUUUGCUAUCCUUUUUAGCUCCAUUACCCAGCUGGCAUUAAUACCUGAUGAUCCUACUCCCUAUCCUCGAUAUCACUUUGAAUUUCUUGAUCGGGAAAAAAUGGCACCGCAAGCAAAUUCUGACAAAUAUUUGAUAGAUGCAAUUGGAACUCUAAUGUCCAUUGGCCCAAUUCAGAAUGUUCAAUUGACCAAAUAUGAAAAAAUUGUGGAAAAAAGAGAUGUUAUACUAAAAGAAGCAAGUGGUGAUGAGUUGAAGAUAACAGUAUGGGAAUCAACUUUUCCUCAAUUAAAUGCCAACAAACUCCUUCAGAUCCGACCAAAUCCUGUGCUUUUAUUUGUUGGAACAAUUAUAAAGACAUUCCAAGGAAUAAUCUAUCUAGCUUCAACUCGACUACAAAGAUCUAUAUCAAUUUGGAUAUUCCUGAGACGAAAGCAAUACAACAACAGUGAGUAA